AACCAUUGUUCCACAUAUAUAUAUUGCACAAAUAAAUAUUAUGUUCAUGCUAUUGGUCUGGAUGAAAAAAAUGAAUUAACAGUUUCACGUGAUUUUAUGGAAUUACCAGGUAUAACAUAUGAUUGGAAAGAUCAAAAAUUAUAUAUUGAUAAAAUUCAUCAAAUGAAUUUCAAUGGAACACGGUUUUUUUUACGUGCAUUAGCUAUUGAUCAGAUUGAACGAAAAUUAUAUCAAUUAUUGGAUACACUUGAUAUUUGUGUUAGUGAAUUAGUUGGUUGCUGUGGUAUAAAAAUUCAAGAUAUUUAUCACAACCAAAUUGUAUUGCUAUUGAUCCAUUAA